AUGCCGACUUCUCACCUUCCCUCGGGAGCCUCUCCCUCCCAAAACCCCCAGUCUAUUCCCGGCAUGGUUCCUAUUUCGGCUCCUGGUGUCCCUGCUGGUCUUUCCAAUCCCGUCCAAAAAGCCAUGACCUCUGAAAGUCAUCCAGCAUCGUUUCCAACCUACCCAACGUAUUACCCUUCUGCAAUGCCCCCCAAUACCAUGUCCCAUCCCGCUCAUAUUCCCCGUGCUUCCUUGCAUCCUAUGCUCUCGCAGCAACACCAACUUCCUCCUCCGCCGCCCCAGCCCUCUUCCCAGCCUGCCCAACAACAAGCUGCUUCUACCUCUCUCCAUCAAUCUUCCCCCUCCAUCCUCCCUCCCUCCCAGCAUAAUCCCCAAAAUAUGCCCAUGCAUCCUUCCUAUCCCGACGCCAUGAUGCAUUUACAACACGUUGUUUCUUCUCAGCAAUAUCGUCAACUUCCUCCCUCCGUCUUCGCUGCUCCCCCGGAUCAACAAGCUUCUCAAAUGCAGCGUCUAAUGCCUGUUCAACAAGUCCCCGUUCCUUCUCCCCAAUAUCUUCCUCAUUUCCUUCAACAGCAACAGCAACAACAACAACAGCAACAGCGAUCCAUGCAUCCCCCUGCCAACGCCACUGCUACUCCUCCCAAUGCUGUCUCCUCCAAACCUCCCAUGUCCACAAUUGUUUCUCAAAACGGUACCUACUACUCCAUCCCUUCCGUCCCCCAUCAUGCCCAAAAUCCUGCAGCCAUGGGCGUCCCUCCCCAACCAGACUCUUCUGCAGUAGUGAAUCCACCAGCACCCACUCCUUCUGUCGUCCCUCCCACUCAUCCCAUCAACCAAAUGCCUUCCAAUGCACCCAACGCUCCAUCCUCGCUUCCCCUUCAUGUCAGUGCUUCCCCUUCUGUCAACCCCAAUCCUCAACCGCCUCCUUCCGUUCCCCUGCCCUCUCACCCUCCUCCUCCUUCUUCAACUACACAGGCAAACGUUAUGCCUUCCAAUGCUCCCGAAUCGGUCCGGAAACUUAUUUCGCUUAAUGAAGAGGCCUGGCUACAAAUCGGUCACCUUGCUGAACUGUACGAUGACUCCGAUAAAGCUCUUACAGCCUACGAGGCUGCUCUUCGUCAAAAUCCUUAUUCUAUUCCUGCCAUGCUUCAAGUCGCUACCCUUUUAAGGAACCGUGAACAGUUCCUCCUCGCCAUUGAAUAUUACCAAACCAUCCUUGACCUUGAUCCCAAACAGGGUGAAAUUUGGAGCGCUUUGGGCCAUUGCUACUUGAUGCGCGAUGAUUUAUCUCGUGCCUACUCUGCUUACCGCCAGGCCUUAUAUCAUUUGAAGGAUCCUAAAAAUCCAAAGCUUUGGUACGGUAUAGGUAUUUUGUACGACCGCUAUGGUUCCCACGAGCACGCCGAGGAAGCCUUUACGCAGUGUCUCCGCAUGGACCCCAAUUUCGAAAAGGUGAAUGAAAUUUACUUCCGCCUCGGUAUCAUUUACAAGCAGCAACACAAGUUUGCUCAAUCUCUUGAAUUGUUUCGCUAUAUUUUGAAUCACCCUCCUAAACCUCUUACUGUUUUGGACAUUUAUUUCCAAAUCGGACAUGUUUAUGAGCAGCAAAAGGAGUACAAACUUGCAAAGGAGGCUUACGAACGUGUUUUGGCCGAGACUCCCAACCACGCAAAAGUACUGCAGCAAUUGGGCUGGCUUUGCCAUCAACAGUCUUCUUCUUUCACAAAUCAAGAUUUGGCGAUUCAGUAUCUUACCAAAUCUUUGGAGGCCGACGACACAGAUGCGCAAUCUUGGUAUUUGAUUGGUCGUUGCUAUGUCGCCCAGCAAAAAUACAAUAAAGCUUAUGAGGCAUAUCAGCAAGCUGUUUACCGUGAUGGAAGAAACCCCACUUUCUGGUGCUCCAUUGGUGUUUUGUAUUACCAAAUUAACCAAUACCAGGAUGCUUUGGAUGCUUACUCCCGUGCAAUCCGCUUAAAUCCUUACAUUUCGGAAGUAUGGUACGAUUUGGGUACCUUGUACGAGAGUUGCCAUAACCAAAUUAGCGAUGCUUUGGAUGCAUACCAGCGUGCCGCUGAAUUAGAUCCCGCCAAUCCUCACAUCCGUGCUAGAUUGCAAUUGUUGCGUGGUUCUAGCACCGAUCAACACAAGCUCGCUACUUCAGCGGCUCCACCUGCCGUUACAAAUCAAAAUCCUAAAUUUGUAGGACAACCUGGUUCUGUAUAUCCCGGUGGAUUGCCUGCUCCUCCCACUCCUUCUAAUUGGCAAGUUCCUCAACUUUCCGCACAAUCCCAGGCAAUGACUCAACCACAGACAUUGACUCAACCUCAAUCACAGCCUUUCUUUCCUCAAGCCUACGCUAGUAAUGUGGCGCUUCCAAACGGUGUUCAGCAUGCAUACUCGGGUGCAGUACCACAACAAUCCCCUGGCACUGUUUCCACAGUAGGAUCUGUCACUAAUCAGCCAUCACCUACUCACCAGAGUACUCAGCAAACGAAUGCAGCUCCACCAGUAGUUCCUACUUUUAUGCCCAAUCGCAGCAGGCCAUCCAUUAGCGGCGCACCUGCUUCAAAGUCACCGCAAAUCAAGAGCUCAGAUCAGCCGCACUCUCGACAUGAUUCUUUCACGACAAUUGUUGGACAACAAGAAAGAAGCAAUUCCAUAUCUAGUCGACCUAAAGAUAUUAAAGGUGCAAUUUCUACUUUUGAACAGAGGGAAAGACACACCGGAUCACCAAAAGAUACGCCAAAGAAACCUGAUGUUUAUGUGGCACCUCCAAUUGAGUCUUCUAGAAGUGUUACUGCCGAUUUAGAUCAAAGUGCGGGAAGCCAAGAGAUCUCACAAGAAGUGCCAGUUGAAAAGAGCAACAAACGACAACUCCCGUCUAACGAAAAGAGAACUGAGGAAGUUCCUCCUGAACUUCCAUCCUCUGAUGAAGGCGUGAAAAGACAAAAAGUAAUUGCAGAUGAAGCACGGGAUAACGACAAUAAAGCAAAUAAGGAGGAAGUAUCUCCCAGGUCUAGCCCUGUUGAGCCUAUCGAAGAAGCCAAGGCUGAUCAACAAUCGGAAAGGCAAAAUGGUUCAGAAGAACGCAGUCAAAGUAUAGAAAGCCCUGUUCCUGAGGCAAAAGAUAAAUCCCGUAGCCCGAAACAGACAGCUCGUACAUUGGAUGUUGAUGAGGAUUAUGAUGGUGAAGAAGAAGUCGACAAAGAUGCACAUUAA